AUGCAUUUAAUAGCUUUACAUGUUCAUGGUUCAUCUAAUCCAUUAGGUAUUACUGGUAACUUAGAUAGAUUACCUAUGCAUGGAUAUUUUAUUUUUAAAGAUUUAAUUACUGUAUUUGUAUUUUUAAUUAUCUUUUCAUUAUUUGUAUUCUAUUCACCUAAUACAUUAGGUCAUCCUGAUAAUUAUAUCCCUGGUAAUCCAAUAGUAACACCAGCUUCUAUUGUUCCUGAAUGA